CGGCCAUUCUGUGACGCCAUGGCCCCAAAGAGAGCAAAUGUGGUGCCAAAUGGGCACUUCCACAAAGAUUGGCAGCGUUUCGUAAAAACAUGGUUCAACCAGCCCAUGAGAAAGAAGAGAAGGCAUCAAACACGUGUCAAGAAAGCUCGCACAAUUGCUCCUCGUCCAGUUGCAGGAUGUCUUAGACCAAUUGUUAGAUGCCCAACAUUUAAGUACAACACGAAGCAGCGAGUUGGAAAGGGUUUCACCCUGGACGAACUGAAGCAAGCUGGUAUCAACAAGAAGCUGGCACUGACUAUUGGUAUUGCUGUUGACUACAGGAGGAGGAACAAAUCUGUUGAGUCGCUCCAACAGAAUGUUCAGAGACUGAAAGAAUACAGAAGCAAACUCAUCCUUUUCCCCAAGAAGCAGAGCAAACCCAGGAAGGGUGAUGCUACUGCUGAAGAAAUGAAGAUGGCCAAACAGUUGUCAAGCUCUGUGAUUAUGCCAGUGAGACGAGUUGCUAAGUCCGAGAAGGCUAGGGCCAUCACAGCUGAGGAGAAGAAACACAGUGUAUUUACUGCCCUGCGAAAAGCUCGUGCUAAUCAGAAGCUGAAGGGCUUCAGAGAAAAGAAAGCCAAGCAGAAGGCAGAAGAAGAGGCUAAUAAGCCUAAGAAAUAGACUACGUUAUUGGUUUUCUGUGAUGGAGCGUCCAUUAAAAGCCUGUACAAGUAA